UGCACUGGCCUGCCCUCAGAGGAAGUCAGUCUUAAAGUGUAUGUCAAGACGCCUCUCGAAAAAAACAACAGAAAAUCCUGAACAGUGGAAACACACAAGAGAGGAGAUCUGUUGAGGACAUUCAAAGUCACCUACAGGAUUCUAAACUGCUCUUCAACCCCAAAUGCAGUCAUUGACCCCAAACGCUCAACUGAUAUCCUCUGAGAUGCUCUGAAAAGAGGAAGAAGAAGAGGCAGAUUGUGUGAAAAACACCAACAUCUGAGUCUUCCUGGAAGCAAAAACAUACUCAAUCUAACGAUGGUUGAUGAAGCAACAGUAGUGCACAGUAACUCUACCGGAAGACUGAACCAGCCCUUCCACUGCCUGGCCACUCAGAAUCUGGUGGCCAACAUACUGCCUCCUGUCCUGAUUAUAGAGCUCCUAGUGGGCUUGCCAGGCAACGUAAUGGCCCUGUGGAUCUUCACCUGCCGUCUGAAGACUUGGAGGGCCAACACCCUGUUCCUCUUUAACUUGGUCCUGGCUGACUUCCUACUGCUCAUCUGCCUGCCCUUCCGCAUUGACAACCUGUUCCGUGGGGAACACUGGGUGUUUGGCGAAGCCUGGUGCCGGAUCAACCUCUUCAUGCUCGCUGUCAACCGCUCGGCCAGCAUCGCCUUCAUGACUACCGUGGCCUUCGACCGCUACUUCAAGGUGGUCCACCCACACCACCGUGUCAACCACAUGACAUCUACCCAGGCAGGAUGGGUGGCGGUGGGCAUCUGGGCAGUGGUGAUCUCCCUGCGGCUCCCCCUGCUGACCACCAACCUCCUCAAGCAGGAUGGCAACAUGUCCCUGUGUCGCAGCUUCAGCUCCUACACUGUGACUCCCCUGGCAAUCGAGAUACACAACAUGGUGUUCGUCGGAGAGUUCUUCCUGCCCCUGCUGCUCUUGCUCUUCUGCUCAGCCAGGAUUGCCUGCAUCUUACGCCAACGGCAACUGGACAAGGAGCAGAAGGUUCGGCGGGCCAUCCGGGUGGUUGGGCUGAUCGUGGCUGUGUUUGUGCUGUGUUUCUUUCCCGGCAUCGCCACAGGCCUGAGUACGGUCUAUAUCAAGAAGGUCAGACCCAGGGACUGUCUGUCUUACAACAUGGCUGCGCAGCUCUUCAGCCUGUCCAUUGGAUUUACCUACCUUAACAGUGCUCUGGACCCAGUCAUCUACUGUUUUUCCAGUUCCAUGUUCCGAAACUCCCUCAAGAGCUCCAUCAAUAAGCUGGGCCUGGUAGAGAUGAGGCUGAGUCGACGGGCAAGCAUGACCAGCGAUGGGUGAAGAGUGAGGCCUGCCUUGUUCAGGGGCAGAACGGCAGAUUUUUACCUUGUCAGCUCGAGGAUCCGAUUCUGUAGCUAUGUGGGAUACAUACUUGAAAGGACUGAGUACGUGUGUAUGUGUGUAUAUGUAUGUGAAACAAAGACAGGAAAAAGAAAGCCUUCAUUCUACUGAAUGGUUAUUUUUUUUUAUAACCGAAUGAUGUAGAGUGACAUGUUUUUGUCUUGAUUUAGUCAUGUCUAUCAAAUACACCAUUUUUACCAGAUGCAGUGUUAAGGGAUGUUUCAAAAUGUACAGAUCGGGGACCAGGGGGAGAAUGGGGGAGGGACAUGCUUUCUAUUUCAGUCGAGGAGGAUUUAGUAUUUUCUAAAUCAAGUCCAGGGGAGGGUCAUGCAAUUUGUAAUUGAUUACAUUUGAAUAUUUAUCAGUGUUUUAGAAUUAGUUGCUUAUUAUGCUAUACAAUGCCUUCAGAAAGUAUUCCCACCACUUGACUUUUUCCACAUUUUGUGUUAAAGCAAUUAAAAAAAAUUAUGUCACUGGGAUUUAAAAAUGUUUUAUUUUUAUUUUUUACAAAUGAAUAAAAAACGCAAAGCUGAAAUGUCUUGAGUCAAUAAGUAUUCAACCCCUUUGUUGUGGAAAGCCUAAAUAAGUUCAGAUGUAUAAUAAUGUUGCUAUGGAUCGGUGUCCCGUCAACUGGACAGUUGUUGCUCAAUAUGCAUAAUGUGACUAAAAUAUUGUUUUAAACAAAAACAGAAAUUUGGUACAUAGAAGUGUCUUAUAUGGGCAAAAUGCUUCAAUUCUGGUUAAUGUAAUUGCAUUGUCCAAUUUACAGUAGCUAGUACAUCGCAAAAAUAACAUGCUAUUGUUUGAGUGCACAACAAAACACUUGUAUCACAGUGACAGGUUUGAUACAUUCACGUCUGAAGGUAAAUAAUUGAAUUACAUUCUGAAAUCUUGCUCUGAUUUGUCAUCCUAAGGGACCCAGAGAUAAAAAUGUAGUGUGGUUUGAUAAAAAAAA